UCCUAAACAAGCGUUGGGUUUGACUUUCUGCAUUUGCAUGUGUCUCGAUGUCUCAACAUCUAUAAAAUCACAUAUUUUAUCUCCUACACAAUCAUCAAACACAUCUGCAAAUUCUAGGUUUAUUUUCUUCUCUUCAUUUUUGGGAUUAAAGCACUUGGUCUUUUCUCAAUGGUAACAAAGAAUGUGAUAUGCUUCCCUUUUCUCCUCUUCUUCACUGGUUAUGCAGCAGGAGAGGUCCUCUUCUCAACACUCAACCCCACUCUUGUGGUUCAAGCAUCUCCCAAAGCUGGGAAUGUUUUAAAUGUGGGUGAGGAUCACAUAACUGUGACAUGGUCCUUGAACCAGUCUCUGCCUCAUGGAACAGACCAACAAUAUAAGAGGAUAACGAUUAAGCUGUGCUAUGCACCUUUGAGCCAAAAGGACAGGGCAUGGAGGAAGACAGUGGAUGAUAUGAAGAAAGAUAAGACAUGCCAAUUCAAGAUAGCAGCUCAACCUUACAACCCCAACAACUCAACAGUCACCGUCUCUUGGCUCAUAGAGAGAGAUAUUCCUACUGCUACUUAUUUCAUUAGAGCUUAUGCCUCGGAUUCUCAAGACAAUAAAUUGGCCUAUGGCCAAACCACCAACAAGAACAAGACCACUAAUCUCUUUGAAAUUCAAGGCAUUACCGGUAGACAUGCUUCUCUCGACAUCGCAGCUGCUUGCUUCUCCGCCUUUUCGGUGUUCUCUCUCUUUGGCUUCUUCAUUAGGGAGAAGUGGGCUGCGAAGCGCGCACAAAAGAAGUGAGAGAGGUAAAGGGACCAUAAGAAUUAGGGGUUGUUUGUACAAUUUGUUGCUGCUUAUGUUUCUAUUGACUUUCAUGGAGAUAGAGAGAGGUUUCCUAACGAUGUUUGAGAAGCGUGCUUGAGAUAAAUCAAACCUUUGUCACUAAAAUACUGUUUAGUUUAGUGAUGGGUGGUUCAAAAUCUGUGAUCUGUGUUCAAAUCUCUCUCUUUCUCUCUGUUAUUUCACAAGCUCUCUGUUUUCUUGAAUGUUA